UUACCUGCUGCUAUAGCAGCACCAACACCAGUUUCUUCCCUGGUUCAUUCAUCAACUCUUGUUACUGCAGGAGUAUACUUAUUAAUUCGUUUUAAUAAAUUUAUUUCAAUUGAAUUGAAUUUAAUUUUAUUAAAUUUGAGUUUGUUGACUAUUUUACUUUCUGGCAUGGGGGCAUUAUACGAAAAUGACUUGAAAAAAAUUAUUGCUUUUUCUACUAUAGGUCAACUUAGAUUUAUAAUUUUUUCAAUUUUAAUAGGUUCUCAUUAUUUAAGAUUUUUACAUUUAUUAAUUCAUGCUGUUUUUAAGUCUUUAUUAUUUUUAUGCUCUGGAAUUUUUAUUAGAGGAUUUAUAGGUAUGCAGGAUAUUCGGUAUAUAGGUAAUUUAGGAUUUCAAAGUCCUUUAAUUAGAUCAAGUUUUUUAAUUUCUUUAUUUAGAUUAUGUGGUUUGCCCUUUUAUUCAGGUUUUUUUUCGAGGGAUUUUAUUAUUGAAAUAGUAAUUUUAACUGAAAUUAAUUUAUUUUAUUUUAUUUUAUUUUUUCUAUCAAUUUAUUUAACUUUAAUUUAUUCUUUACGAUUAUUUUUUUAUUUAUAUAUAAAUAGGGUUAAGAUAAAUUUAUUUAAUUUUGAAAAUGAUUUUUAUAUAAGUUCUUCUUGUUUAAUUCUUUUAAUUUUAUCUAUUUUUUUUGGAUCGAGACUUUUUUGGUUAUUAGAUUUAAGUUAUAUUAAUGUUUUUGAUGAAAUUUAUAAAUAUUUAAUUUUAUUUUUUUUUGUUUAUUUUUUUAUUUUAACUGAUAUUUUUUCUUUAUUUAAUAAAAAUGUAUAUAAUUUUUUGGGGUUUUUUAUAGGGCAUAUGUGAUUUUUACCUUUUUUUUCUUCUAAAUUUAUUGUAAGUAAGUUUUUUAAUUUAAGACACUUAAUUUUUUUAAUUACAGAUUUAUGUUGGACAGAGUAUCUGGUUUCUUUAAAUCUAAUUAAUAAAUUACGUUUUGUAAAUAUUUAUUUAAAUAAAUUAUUAUUAAAUUCAUUUAAGGUUUAUUUGGUGUUUUUUAUUUUAAUAUUAUUUUUAAUAAUAAUUAUAUAUUUAAGUAGCUUAAAUUUAAAGUUUAACAUUGAAAAUGUUUAGAUGUAUUUUAAUACCUUAAAUAAGUUUAAGAAAUAUUUUUUUUCUAAUUAUUGAAAAUAAUUUGUUUUUUUUUAAACUACAUAAACAAGGAAUUGACAUAUUAAUGUCUUUAAGAUAGUUAGCAGCUUCUUAACUAUUAUCCUUUUAACUAGAUUUUUAAUCAUUUUUUUUAUUAACAGUAAAAUGCUUCUUUUUAGCUUUAGUUAAAGUAUGGAGAUUUAUCUCUUAAAUUAAGUCGAAAUUAAUUGUAGUUUUACUUCUUUACUAUUUUAAGAGAAACAAAUUUGUACCUUUUAAUUGCAAUUUAAAUGUUAUAAUUAACUAUUCUCCCUUUAUUUAGAUCAUUCAAUAAUUCCGUUUAUUCAUUCGUGGUAAAGACCAUAUAGAAUUAAUAUACAAAUUAAUAUACUUAAUGUAAAUCAUUUUUUUACUGUUAUUAAUUUUAUAGAGAUGAAAAUUGGAAGUAUAAUAGCUAUUUCAAUAUCAAAUAUAAUAAAAAUAAUAGCAAUUAUAAAGAAGUGGAUUGAAAAUGAAAUACGUGAUGAGGAAAAGUUUGAGAAUCCACACUCAAAUGGGGAGGAUUUAUUAAUAUCUAUAAUUGAUUUUUUAGAAAUUAAAAAUGACGUUGAUAUUAAUAAAAUUAAUAAAAAUAUAAUUAUUAAAAGACUUAUAAAUAUUUUUAUUUUUUCUUUAAAAAUUAAACCUUUUAAUUGGAAAUUAAUUAUACUUUUUAUACUAAAGAAAAAUUUAUUUCAUCAAUAUAAAAUAAUAUAAAGAAACAAUCAAAUUACGUCUACAAAGUGUCAGUAUCAGGCUGAAAGCUCAAAUCUAAUAUGAUUUAAGUAAUUGGAUUUUAUUAUUAAAAUUCUUUCUAAGGCUGUUAAAAUAAAAAUUGUACCUAUAAUUACGUGGAUUCCAUGGAAUCCAGUCGUUAUGAAAAAAGAUGAACCAAAAAUUGAGUCUGAAAUUGUAAAUGGUGCAUUUUUAUAUUCUCACCACUGAAGAAUAGAAAAGUAUAAUCCUAUUGUAAUAGUAAUAAUCAUUCUUUUAAUUGUUUGGUUUAGCUUAUUUCUUAGAAGGGAAUGAUGGGCUCAUGUAAUUGAGGCUCCAGAACUUACUAAAAUGAUAGUGUUAAGAAGGGGAAUUUCUAUAGGAUUAAAUGGGGUUACCCCCUUAGGUGGCCAUUUUAUCCCAAUUUCGAUACUAGGGGCAAGUCUAGAGUGUAAGAAUCUUCAGAAGAAAGAUAGGAAAAAUAUAAUUUCUGAUAUAAUAAAUAUAAUCAUUCCUAUUUUAAUUAUUUCCUUAACAAUUUUUGUAUGGUCACCUUUAAUUGAAGAUUCCCGUUUUACAUCACGUCAUCAUUGAGUUAGAUUAAUUAUUAUAGUUAAUCUAGAUAAAUAAAAUAAUAAAGGUCUUUCAUUUAUUAAGUUAAUGAAUCCAAUUAAAAAAUUUAAUAUUGAAAAUGAAACUAGAAUAGGUCAAGGUCUUUUAGUUACUAAAUGGAACGGAUGAUUUUUUUUCAUAUGGAACUUCUGAAGAAUAUAUAGUUAUUAAAAUAGAAAAUACAUAAGCUUGAAUAAGGGCAACUGAAAUUUCAAAUAAUAUUAAAAAAAAUUGUAUUAAUCCAAUUAGUAUGAUAGUUUUUAUUUCAUUGAUAUUACCUAAAAGAGUUAUUAAUAGAUGACCUGCAAUUAUAUUAGCAGAAAGUCGUACACUUAAUGAAAUUGGUCGAAUUAGAUUUCUAAUUGAUUCAACUAUAAUUAUAAAUGGGGCUAUUGUGGGGGGGGUUCUUAUAGGUAAAAGAUGUCUAAAUAUUAGGUUGGUGAAGUUCAAUCAUCUAUAUGUCAUUAAAGAAAUUCAAAUGGGUAAU